CCAGACCAGAGUAAACGAUGAUUCUUCUGGCCGUGCUUUUCGUCUGCUUCAUUUCCUCAUACUCAGCGUCUGUUAAAGGACACACAACUGGACUCUCCUUGAACAAUGACAGGCUGUAUAAGCUCACAUACUCCACCGAAGUGUUUGUUAACCAGGUUGGAGAACCACUUCAGGACAGUGCAGGCUACAAAAUUUCUUCCAAUGUGGAUGUUGUACUACUGUGGAGGAAUCCAGAUGGGGACGAUGACCAGCUGAUUAAAGUCACGAUAAAAGAUGUUAAUGUUGAAAAUGUGAAUCAAAGAGAAGGAGAAAAGAACAUCUUCAAUGGGAAAAAAAUCUCCAAAAUCAUAGGAAAAGAUAAUUUGCCAGCUUUGCAGACACCAGUGCUUCUCCAUUUGACUCGAGGAAAGGUUACAGACUACUACUCAUAUCCAAAUGAACCAGUGAGUAUACAGAAUCUCAAGAGAGGACUGGCCAGUCUUUUUCAGAUGCAGUUAACCUCUGGGACUUCCAAUGAGGUGGACAUUUCUGGGGAUUGCAAAGUGACCUAUCAGGCCCAUCAUGAUAAAGUGACCAAAAUUAAGGCCCUGGAUACCUGCAAAACCAAAAUGCCUGGAUUUACCACCCAGAACAAGGUUUUAGGCGUCAGUUCCAAAGCAGUAUCUGUGACCACUUACAAGAUCGAAGAUAGUUUUGUCACAGCAGUCAUAGCGGAAGAGACCCAUGCUUUUAGUCUCAAUUUCCUGAGAAAGGCUACAGGCAAAGUAGUAUCCAGGCAGAAAUUGGAGCUGAAGACAACAGCGGCAGGCCCGGGACUGAUGCCUGGAAAAAAAGUUGCUGCUGUGGUUAAGGCUGUAGAUCCAAAUUACAAAUCCAUUCCCUUGGUGGGGCAGCUCUUCCAGAGCGAGUGCAAGCGAUGCCCUUCUCUUUCUGAGUUCUGGCAGAGUGCAAGAAAGCAACUACAGCCUGACAACCUGGCCAAAGCUGACUCUUCCAGAAGCUUCUUAGACCUAAUUCAUCACCUCCGGGCAGCUAAGAAAGAGGAGCUUCUUCAGAUUCUCAAAAGUGAAAACAAAGAAAUACUACCUCAACUGGUGGAUGCUGUAACAUCUGCUCAGACGCCAGAUUCUUUGGAAGCCAUACUGGAGUUUCUGAAUUUCAAAAGCGAAAGUGAUAUUAUUCUCCAAGAGCGGUUUCUUUAUGCCUGUGGUUUUGCUUCCCAUCCCAAUGAAGCACUCCUAAAAGCUCUGCUUAAGACAUUCAAGAAUCCCAUUGGAAGCAAUGACAUCAGAGAAACAGUUGUCAUCGUCAUUGGUGCCCUCAUCAGGAAACUGUGCCAGCAGGAAGCCUGCAAAGCCCCAGCAGUGGUGGAAGCCAAGAAGCUGAUCCUGGGAGGCCUUGAAAAAGCAGAGAAAAAGGAGGACAUUAAGAUGUAUCUGUUAGCUCUGAAGAAUGCACUUCUUCCUGAAGGGAUCCCAUUGCUGCUGAAAUAUCUGGAAUCAGACGAUGGGCCCAUCAGCCACCUGGCAGCAACAUCUCUUCAGAGAUACGAGAGUUCUUUCAUCACUGAUGAGGUGAAGACUGUCCUGAACAGGGUCUACCACCAGAAUCGGAAGGUCCAUGAAAAGACGGUGCGCACCACCGCGGCGGCCAUCAUCCUGAAUAAUAACCCUUCUUACAUGGAAGUCAAAAACCUCCUGCUUUCCAUCGGCGAACUCCCCAAAGAAAUGAACAAAUACAUGCUUUCUGUUGUCCAGGACAUCCUGCGCUUUCAGUCGCCUGCCAGCAAAAUGGUCCGUCGAGUCCUAAAGGAAAUGGUGACUCACAAUUAUGACCGCUUUGCCAAGAGUGGUUCCUCCUCUGCCUAUACAGGCUACGUGGAACGUGAUCCUCAUAUGGCAUCCACAUAUAGCCUUGAUAUUCUCUACUCUGGCUCUGGUAUUUUGAGGAGAAGUAACCUGAACAUCUUUCAAUACAUGGAGAAUACUCAUCUUCAUGCUAGCCAGGUGGUUAUCGAAGCUCAAGGAUUAGAAGCCUUAAUUGCAGCCACCCCUGAUGAGGGUGAGGAGAACCUUGAUUCCUUUGCCGGCAUGUCUGCCAUCCUGUUUGAUGUUCAGCUUAGACCUGUUACCUUUUUCAAUGGCUAUAGCGACUUGAUGGCCAAAGUGCUCUCGGCAUCUGGUGAUCCUGUCAGUGUGGUGAAAGGACUUAUUCUUUUGACGGACCAUUCACAGGUGAUUCAGUUGCAGUCUGGGCUGAAAGCCAAUGUGGAGUUCCAGGGAGGUCUGGCUAUUGAUAUUUCAGGUGCAAUGGAGUUCAGUCUGUGGUACCGUGAGUCUAAAACCCGAGUGAAAAAUCGGGUGGCCGUAGUAGUGACCAGCGACAUCACGGUGGAUUCCUCUUUUGUGAAGGCCGGCCUACAAUCCAGUUUUGAGACAGAAGCAGGACUAGAGUUUAUAUCCACAGUGCAGUUUUCGCAGUAUCCUUUCUUGGUCUGCAUGCAAAUGGACAAAGAUGAGGCACCUUUCAGGCAAUACGUGACUAAGUAUGAAAGACUUGCGACGGGCAGAGGCUAUGUCUCCCGAAAAGGAAAAGAAAAGCUGUUUCCUGGAUCAGAAUUCCCUCUUCAUCAAGAGAACUCUGACAUGUGCAAGGUGGUUUUUGCCCCACAGGCUGAGAACUCCUCAGAUGGCUGGUUUUGAACCCAACGCCUGAUAGAUUUCACUUGAAUCUAGUCCAUUCAGGAAACACGGUGUGGCAUGGCCUGAUACCUGCUCCCUGAGAGCACAGUGUUUACAUAUUUACGUGUAUUUAAGAAUUUUGUAAAAAGUUACGAGAGAAAAA